GUUCUCAAUUGGAUUCGUUUGUGGAAUAGUCGAGUGCAAUGCGUUUCGUGGCUCUUCUAGCAGCUGUGCUAGUGAUUAGCUCAAGUCCGGCGGAGGCAAAGUGUGGCUAUGAGGCCUGUCCAGCGACUAAGGCGAAUAUGAUUAAUGUGCACUUGGUGCCGCACUCUCACGACGAUGUCGGCUGGCUAAAGACUGUGGAUCAGUAUUAUUACGGAUCGAGGAACAAUAUACAGCAUGCAGGUGUACAGUAUAUACUCGAUUCGGUGAUCGUGGAACUCCACAAGAAUCCCGACAGACGUUUCAUCCAGGUGGAGACGGCCUUCUUCUGGAAGUGGUGGGAGGAGCAAACCGAAUUUGUAAGGAAAUUGGUUAAGCAGUUAGUGAAUGAAGGCCGCUUGGAGUUCACUGGAGGCGCGUGGAGCAUGAAUGACGAGGCUGCGGUGCACUAUCAGAGUGUUAUAGAUCAAUUCUCAUUGGGUCUAAAGCUGCUCAAUGAUACCUUCGGUUCGUGCGCUCGUCCUCGCAUUGGCUGGCAAAUCGAUCCCUUUGGCCACUCCCGUGAGAUGGCCUCGAUCUUCGCCCAGAUGGGCUACAAUGGCGAGUUCUUUGCCCGCAUGGAUCAUGUGGAGAAGAGCAAGAGACUGGAUGAUGUGGCCAUGGAAAUGAUUUGGCAAUCGAGUGAAUCGCUGAGUGAUUCGGAUAUCUUUACCGGACUGCUCUACCGCCAUUACUCGGCACCGCCUGGCUUCUGCUUCGAUCUGCUCUGCAGCGAUGAGCCGAUCAUUGACAGCAAGAGCUACGAUAACAAUGUCAAGGCCCGGGUAGAUGACUUCAUCAGCUACGUGAAGAAGAUGUCCAACUCUUUCCGGGCUACGCACAUUAUGGUGCCCAUGGGCGAUGACUUUCAGUACGAGGACGCCGAAAUCAAUUUCAAGAACAUGGACAAGCUUAUCAAAUAUGUGAAUGCCCGUCAAGUGGAGGGCUCAAAGGUGAAUGUUUUCUACUCGACACCGUCAUGCUACCUCUAUGAGCUGCACCGAAUGCAGCUGACUUGGCCAGAGAAGAAGCUGGAUUUCUUUCCCUACUCGAGCGACGUGCACUCCUAUUGGACGGGCUACUUCACCUCUCGCCCCACCCAGAAGCGCUUCGAGCGGGAUGGCAAUCACUUGCUGCAGACGGUCAAACAGCUCAGCGCCUUUGCCAAGCUGAUAAGCGAAGAGCAAACGGAGGACUUGGAUGAGCUGCGUCAGGUGAUGGGCAUCAUGCAGCAUCACGAUGCCAUCACCGGCACCGAGAAGCAGGCAGUGGCCCGCGACUAUGAUCGCCUGCUCACCGAUGCCAUGGUGGAUGCCCAGGAUAAUGCUCGGGCUGCCCUUCGAGUGCUCACCAAUCUGAGCACCGGGCAGUUCGACAGCUGCUUGGAGCUGAACAUCAGCGUCUGUGCCUUUACCAGAGAGAGUGCCAACAAUGUGGUUGUAACCCUCUUCAAUCCACUCGCCCAUCCCUCGACCCAGUUCGUCCGUGUGCCUGUCAAGCAGCAGCAAUACCUGGUCACCGAUGAGAGGGGUCGCGCUGUACCCUCGGAGCUGGUGCCGGUGCCCUGGCAAGUGCUCUCCAUACAGCACCGCCCGAACGACACCCAACAUGAGCUGGUAUUCAAGGCAACUGUGGAUAAGCUUGCCAACUACUACAUACGUGUGCUGCCCAGUCCCAAGGCUCUUCAGCGUUUCGAGAGGGUGCACUCCUUACGGCAUGAUAGGAACAGAAUUGAGCCUAAAGAUGAGACGGAUGAGCUUGUUGUGCAGAAUUCACAAAUCAAGCUGACAUUCGUCAAGAGCACUGGACACCUUAAAACGAUCGAAAUGAAUGGAGUCUCGGAGAACAUAGAGCAGAACUUUGCGAUAUAUAAAGGAGCGAUGGGUAACAACGGCAUUGCCCAAAAUCGUUCGUCCGGCGCUUAUAUAUUCAGACCCGAUGGCGAGGUUACUGUCCUGUCUGACAAGAUCGGCUACACGGUGUACGAUGGUGCUCAGGUGAAGGAGGUGCAUCAGCAUGUAAACGAGUGGAUCUCUCAAGUGAUUCGCCUCUACGAAGGCGUCAAUCGUGUGGAGUUCGAAUGGCUAGUUGGACCGAUUCCAAUUGACGAUGACAAUGGCAAAGAGAUUGUGACGCGCUUCAAGAGCGGCCUCGUCUCGAAUGGUGUCUUCUUCACCGAUUCCAAUGGACGCGAGAUGAUUAAGCGAGAGCUAAAUAAGCGGGAGUACUUUACCCCGAAUGUGACCGAGUCGGUUAGUGGGAAUUAUUAUCCAGUAACAGCUCGCAUUGCGUUGGAGGAUAGUCAGAAGCGCCUCGCUCUGCUCAAUGAUCGGGCUCAAGGCGGCUCCAGCUUGGCGGACGGGCAACUGGAGUUGAUGCUCCACCGACGACUGCUCAGGGACGAUGCCUUCGGUGUGAGCGAGGCACUGAAUGAGACACAAUUCGGAACGGGUUUGAUUGCGCGCGGUAAAGUUUUCCUCAUCCUAAAUGAGGCUGAGAGCAAGCCCACUGUUGCUGAGCGCUUGGCUCAACAGGAAAUCCAUUUGCCCUUCUGGAAGUUCUUCAGUAGCUCAAACACAGCCAGUGUUGUGAAACCCCUGAGCAUACCCGAUUUCACGGACUUCCCCCAGUCGGUGAACCUGCUCACCCUGGAGCCCUAUUCCACAAGCGAAUUCCUGGUCCGCUUCGAGAACUUCAUGGAUCACAAUGAGGGUCACACAGUAAGCUUCAAUAUUCGUCAUAUCUUCGAUGCGCUGAAUGGAAAGGGUAUACGCGAAACAACUUUGGAUGGCAAUAUGGAUCUAGCUGAAAUGAAGAGAUUCAAAUUCCAGCACGAUGGCUCUAAGCCAAAUACAGUGGAGUAUUACACUUCCACAUAUGAACCAUUGCGGGCCACUGAGGAUAGUGAUGCCUCCAGAUUUAGCGUCACCUUGAGUCCCAUGCAAAUUCGCACAUUUAUCAUCAAUUGGCAAUAGACUUCGAUUGGAAUAAAUAGAAAUGUAAAGAAAA